CUGAAUCUAAGUGAGGAUCUGAGAGUGGAGCUGACCAGUGAGCUUUACACUGUGGGGAGAGAUCAAUGGAGAUGCUUGAUUAGUUUGUAUAAGCACUAAGCAGCAGAAAUUAUACCAAGAAAAUCUGGGUCUUGCUUACUUCAAUGGACUAUCAAGAAUAUUGCUAGCACAUUACUUUUGGCCUCAUUGGAAACAAUCAGACAUUUAUAGGAUAGUGUGAAGAAGUGGAGAGGACUGUUCUACUUUGUGACGUUUAAAGUUGGUCUACUUUUUCCUAUGAUGAAGGAGAAAGUUAUUACGGUUGUAUUAGUUUUGAUCCUGGCUUGUACUUCUGUAUCUUCCAAGAAGAGUAAAAAGAACAGGCAACAUGCGCCACACAUUGACUGUGACAUCAAAGCAGGGAAGGUAGUCAACCCGGAAUUCCUUGCAAAAUGUCCUGCUGGCUGCCAAGAUGGGAAACAUCGUGUUUAUGGCACAGACAUAUACGCCUCCUUCUCCAGCAUCUGCGUGGCUGCAAUCCACAGUGGUGCAAUUGACAAUUCAGGAGGAAAGAUUCUUGUGCGGAAGGUUGCUGGUCAGGCUAGCUACAAGGGAAGUUUCUCCAAUGGUGUGCGGUCGCUGUCCCUUCCACGCUGGAAAGAGUCCUUUGUUGUAGCAGAAGGUAAAGGGAAGAAAGGUGUCUCCUAUCCGACUGUUCUUGAAUACGUUGAAGUAGAAACUGUACAUAGAGAAGUUCGGCCCCCAAUUGUAUCCACAACAAUUCAGACGACAGUUGCGACCACCACCCCUCCCACCACUACACCUGAACCUACAACACGACCCACCACAACGCCAAAGCCUACAACCACCACGACUAUCACCACCACCACCAUUACAACUACUACAGCUAGGACAAGACCACCCCUGGUACGGGCAAGAGAUUCAGCUGCAAGUAACAUCCACCCAGCAUAUACAUCGGUUGUUGCGGCGUCUUCAAGGCAAGCAGUGCCCGCUGUACCAAGAGUGCCAAGUCAAGUUGCCAGAUCGCCAACAACAUAUUCAAGUAGUCGUCAUAUCCCCAGAAGUAAUCCAGGUGCCAGUAGGAUUCAGCAGAUUUUAGCUGAAAAGAGCCAAUCAAAUCCUAGUGUGGCAAGACGUGACUGGAGUAGUCCUAGUCGAGUAAAUGUCCCAGUUGUACAACGCAGGCCAGCAGUUCCGGAGAGAAGUAAUGUGGCACCAAAUACGGGGCAUAGCUGGUCAUCAGACACGCGUGAUUCUCAAGGUUUUCAACGACGUGACUGGCAACCUCCAAGUCGGGUAAAUGUUCCAGUUAUUCAACGAAGGCCAGCAGUUCCCGAGAGCAGCAAUAUUGCUCCCCCAGCUGUCCCCAGUUGGUCGGCAGAAGCGUAUGAGCCUGAAGUGCUACCUAGACGUGACUCAUUAAGCCCUAGCCAACGAUUAAAUGUUCCACCGGUACAACGCAGACCGCCAGUUCCAGAAAGUAGCAACUUAGCUCCACCUGCUGGACCUCUCUGGCCUGUAGAAACACGGGAUACUCAAGUUUCCAGUCCUAGGCCUGGCAUGUCAGAAUUUGAUAGAUGGGUCUCCGGCUUCUCACAAGGCAAUUCCAGAAACACAGACUCAGAGACAGUUUGGAAGGGUGUUGAAGAGGUCCCAGAAACAAAAGGUAAUUCAGAAACAAUCUGGAAGGGUGUUGAAGAGAUACCAGAAACAAAAGUGCAAGUUAAACCUGAAGUUAAAGUGGUUGCAGAGCCAGACACAUGGAGAGGAUUCACAGAAAUAGGAGGUGCGGGAGGCACAGGAGGAGGAGGAGGAGGAGGAGGUGGUGUGAUAAAGGAAGUGGUGAACAUAAGACCGCCCGUGGAAACAGUUGCCCUGGGAGGCAUAAACUGUAAAAUAGAUCUAGUCUUCCUCAUCGAUGGGAGUUGGAGUAUUGGCAAGAGGCGCUUCCGCAUUCAAAAGCUUUUCCUUAACCAGAUGGCAGAUGCUCUUGAUGUUGGAAUUUCUGGACCUCUCAUGGGUAUUGUACAAUAUGGGGAUGAACCAUCUACAGAAUUCAGUCUCCGGUCAUACUUCAAUUCCAAAGACUUGAAAAAUGCUAUUGACAAAAUUCCACAAAAAGGAGGAUAUUCCAAUGUUGGGAAGGCUCUCUCUUAUGUGAAUAGGAAUUACUUUUCUGAUGCCAGCGGGAAUAGAGGAGCAGCACCAAAUGUGGCUGUAGUGCUUGUUGAUGGUUGGCCAACAGAUAAGGUGGAAGAAGCCUCUCGUCUUGCUCGGGAAUCAGGAAUUAAUAUUUUCUUUGUGACAAUUGAGGGUGCCGAUGACAAUGAGAGGUCAAGCGUUGUAGAACCCAAUUUUGUGGAUAAGGCUGUUUGCAGAACCAAUGGUCAUUUUUCUAUCAAUGUUCCUAGUUGGUUUGGCCUCCAUAAGAUUGUAAACCCUAUGGUGAAACGUAUGUGUGAAACUGACAAAUUAGUCUGCAGCAAGACUUGCCUCAACGCUGCUGACAUUGGUUUCAUCAUUGAUGGUUCCAGCAGUGUGGGAACAGGAAAUUUCCGCACUGUUCUACAGUUCAUAGCGAAUAUAACCAGCGAGUUUGAGAUUUCAGACACAGACACAAGAAUAGGAGCUGUGCAGUAUACGUACGAACAGAGGUUGGAGUUCGGCUUUGAUAAGUACAGUACGAAACAAGAUGUGGUUAAUGCCAUCAUGAGAAUAGGCUACUGGAGUGGAGGCACGAGCACAGGAGCAGCCAUAACCUAUGCAUCUGACCAACUGUUCAGCAAAUCUAAGCCAAACAAAAGGAAGAUCAUGAUUGUAAUAACUGAUGGGCGUUCAUAUGAUGACGUGCGGGCUCCAGCUGCAGCUGCUCAUCGGAAUGGGGUGAUUGCAUAUGCUGUUGGUAUUGCCUGGGCAGCCCAAGAUGAACUAGAAUCCAUUGCUACUGAUCCGGAUAAAGACCAUUCAUUUUUCGUGGAUGAAUUUGACAGUCUCUAUAAGUUUGUUGGGAAGAUUAUCCAGAACAUUUGUACAGAGUAUAAUUCUCAACCACGAAACUAAAACGUGUUGGCUUAGCUUGUUCAAUACUGCAUGGAUAACAGGGUUUCUGGCAAUGAAUAUACCAACAACUACAGUGAUUUAUAUGUUGAUUUAGAGAAGUCUCUUUUUAAACACAGGCAUGGUGGUGACCUGAUCCAUUGCAGACCAGUGUUUGCUUUCCAGCUGUGUGUUGCAGCCUAUGUCUGCACUGAGAGUACGAUAUUAUAUCACAGUCGCAGAUUCUUAAGUUCUUAGGAGAAACCAUGUAAUAUUCAUUAUAUUCCAUUCAUGACUAAGUGCAUUAUAUUAGCCGACCUUAUAGUCUCUGGAGCGUAAAUAGCACAUUAUGAAAACUGAGGUCCCAGGAAAACUUGUUUCAUACAUAUCUUGUUGCGGAAUACCGACCCCUAGAUCCCGGCCGUUUACAAUCCUGCCGGUCGGCAUGCCGACCAACAGGGACUAUUCCCGCUCAAAGGGGGCUUGUUGCGCUCGCCCCAUCCCCCCCUCCCCCCGCGGCCAUUCCGCAACUGGGAUGCCGCCGUCGGUAUGGUCCCCUGACCGUCGGUAACGCAUACCCAACCCCUUGUUGCAACAGUUGUUAAAGCAGAUGGAAAAUAUUUUUUUUAUAUAAGUUAUAAAUGAACCUAUUCAUAAUUAUGACAUCAUUUUAUAAAAGGGUUAUAUUAAUAUGAUGAGAUGGUGCCCUCUAGUGUCAGGUUCCAAGAAUUAUACAUCAUAUGUGUUUAGAAGACAUUACAAUGUGAUUCCAGAGCAUUGCGUGAGUGCUGUUACAUCAGUGUCUUUUUCCUCUUCUAUUUCUUUAAUGAAGUAUUCACACAGAACAUUUUUCAGUUCACUACAUAGGUAUCAUUGUUUUUUUCAAUUGGCAAAUUAUAAGAAGUCCUUUUCGCUCUUACAUUAUAAUUAAAGAUACGUUAUGUAGCUGGCUGUAAAGUUAUCUAUGUGAAUGCCUUUUAGGAUGAUUCCACAGCGUCCUGAAUUUGGUCCUUAUAGGGUCACGUGACACCAUUUUUUUAAAACAACUAAAUAUAAUUCGUACAACUGCAUAAAAUGCACAUUAAAUAUAUAUUAUUAUUUUUUUGGGGGGGAGACAAAAAUCACCAUGGUAAAUUAGUGAGAGAUUAUGAGUUAUGUUUCUUGAUUUUUUUUAUAUUGUAAUUAAAAUGUCUUUAAUAAAAAGCAGAAAAUAUAAUGCAUAUAUAAUAAUGUCAUAUAUAAUAUUAAAUUUGUACAGUUUUACAAAAAGUUUCAUGUAUAUAAGAAUACUUUUUUUAUUAUACUGAAUAUGUUGCAAGAGAAGUAACAUAUCUAAAGGCAAAAGAAAGUUUUACACUGCACACAUUGUAAACUACUUUCUGACUUCCAGUUCUAUUUAGGACACACUAUCAUAAAAAAAAUAUUAUAAUU